AUGGAAAUCAAUUUGGGGAAACUUGCAUUUGACAUUGAUUUUCAUCCAUCCGAUAAUCUCGUUGCAACCGGACUCAUAGACGGCGACCUUCACUUAUACCGUUAUAGCCCAGAUAAUACUAGUAGUGAUCCCGUAAGGGUGUUGGAAAUUCAUGCCCACACCGAGUCUUGCAGAGCUGCACGAUUCAUCAAUGGGGGACGAGAUGAUUUUGACUUUGGAAUGCUUAAUGUAAUGUGUGUUUUAGCGCUGUUGACGUGUUCUCCCGACUUCUCGAUACUGGCUACAGAUGUGGAAACGGGAUCAACCAUUGCCCGACUUGAUAAUGCCCAUGAGGCUGCGAUCAAUAGAUUGAUAAACUUGACCGAGUCAACCGUUGCUUCAGGAGAUGACGAUGGUUGUAUUAAGGUUUGGGAUACCAGAGAUCGUUCUUGUUGCAAUUCAUUUGAAGUCCAUGAGGAUUACAUUUCAGACAUAACAUUUGCAUCUGAUGCAAUGAAACUAUUGGCCACAAGUGGAGACGGGACUCUUUCUGUUUCCAGUCUUCGACGAAAUAAAGUCCAAGCUCAAUCUGAAUUUUCUGAAGACGAGCUAUUGUCUCUUGUUUUAAUGAAGAAUGGUAGGAAAGUUGUUUGCGGAUCACAAACUGGAAUUCUGAUGUUGUAUUCAUGGGGAUGCUUCAAGGAUUGCAGUGAUCGAUUUGUUGAUCUCUCUUCAAACUCUAUUGAUACCAUGUUAAAGCUUGAUGAAGAUAGGAUUAUUACUGGAUCGGAAAAUGGGAUGAUCAACUUGGUUGGAAUAUUACCGAACAUAAUCAUUCAGCCAAUCGCCGAGCACUCUGAAUAUCCUGUUGAGCGUCUUGCAUUCUCUCAUGAUAGAAAGUUUCUUGGAAGUAUUGGACAUGAUCAAAUGUUAAAGCUAUGGGACUUGGAUAAUAUAAUACAAGGUUCAAGAAGCACCACACAGAGAAAUGAAAAUGAGGUGGUUGACAAUGAUGUCGAUAGUGACGACGACGAUGAGAUGGAUGUAGAUCACAAUCCUUCUAAGUCUACUAAAGGGAAAAAGAGUAAGAAUGCAAGUAACGAGCAUGCUGUUGGUGAUUCAAACAACUUCUUUGCAGAUUUAUAG